UCUUGCUUCAGAAUGUCCGUUUGUGCAUCUUCUCACAAGGAGUUUUCUCAGUUACUGCCAAUUCAGGAUACUGGACGUAGUAAAAUAGAAAUUAAAAGCUCACCUUCUGGCAUCAGCUCUCCUGUUUAUAGCUGCAGUCAGUCUCCUCUGACAAUGCAACAGAGUCCAAUUUAUAUUCCUUCAUCUUAUGUGGAAAACAGACACGAAUAUUCUGCAAUGGCUUUCUAUAGUCCUGCCAUGAUGAAUUACAACAUUCCUAGCAAUUUCAGUGAUUCAGAAAGUGCAUCUGUAAGGCAGACAUCAAGCCCAAAUGUUUUAUGGUCUGCUCCUGGCCAUAUUUCACCUUUGACAUUACAUUGCCAGUCAUCACUUUUAUAUGCAGAGCAACCAAAGAGCCCAUGGUGUGAGGCAAGACCAGCGGACCAUGCACUGCCUAUGAACAGAGAAACAUUAAAAAGAAAAUCUAAUGGCAGUGAUUGUACAAGUCCUGCUGUGAAUAGUCCUGGUUCAAAAAGAGAUGCACACUUCUGUGCAGUCUGCAGUGAUUAUGCUUCAGGAUAUCACUAUGGCGUUUGGUCUUGUGAAGGAUGUAAAGCAUUCUUUAAAAGAAGUAUCCAAGGACACAAUGAUUACAUCUGUCCAGCUACCAAUCAAUGUACAAUAGAUAAAAAUAGGCGUAAAAGCUGUCAGGCAUGUAGACUACGGAAAUGCUGUGAAGUAGGAAUGAUGAAAUGUGGUUCAAGAAGAGAACGUUGUGGGUAUCGUAUCAUACGCCGUCAUCGUAAUUCAGAAGAUCAAGUUCAUUGCACUGGCAAAGCUAAAAAGAAUAGUGAAAAUAUAACCCGAGUGAAAGAAAUCCUUCUUAGUGCACCCAGUCCUGAGCAGUUUGUUUUAACGUUACUUGAAGCUGAACCUCCUAAUGUGUUGCUGGUGAGUCGCCCCAACAAGCCAUUUACAGAAGUCUCCAUGAUGAUGUCAUUGACAAAACUUGCAGACAAAGAAUUGGUUCACAUGAUUGGUUGGGCCAAGAAAAUUCCUGGCUUCAUAGAGCUCAGUCUGUAUGACCAAGUGAGGCUCUUGGAGAGUUGUUGGAUGGAAGUUUUAAUGGUGGGUCUGAUGUGGAGGUCGAUUGAUUAUCCUGGCAAGCUAAUUUUUGCACCAGAUCUUGUAUUAGACAGGGAUGAGGGGAAAUGUGUAGAAGGAAUUCUGGAAAUCUUUGACAUGCUCCUGGCUACAACAUCAAGAUUUCGAGAGCUGAAAUUACAGCACAAGGAGUAUCUGUGUGUCAAGGCUAUGAUUCUUCUCAAUUCCAAUAUGUUUCCAUUAUUAGCUGCUGCAGAAGAAUCUGAAAGCAACAGGAAGCUACAUCACUUGCUUAAUGCAGUAACUGAUGCUUUGGUGUGGGUUAUUGCAAAAAGUGGAAUCCCAUCUCAGCAACAGACAACUCGUUUGGCUAACUUGUUGAUGUUACUUUCUCAUGUCAGGCAUGCAAGUAACAAAGGUAUGGAGCACCUUCUGAGCAUGAAAUGUAAAAAUGUGGUCCCAGUCUAUGACUUGCUGCUGGAAAUGCUGAAUGCACACACGCUUCGAGGUCAAAAAAAGUCUGCAGUCAUAGAUUCUGAAUUUGGCCCAUCAGAACAAACUGAUACUAGAGACGAUAUGCAGAAUAUGGCAGAACAGUAACUUUAUAAUUACCUGGAAGAUCAGGUUUGUAGGAAAGUGUGAAGCAAAACAACAUUAUUUAGAGCUGUCGAAAACUUGAUAUGUCUUAUGAAUCUUAGACAGCCUUUUUGGGGCCCUAUUCUAAUCUUUCAGAUUUGCACGUUUAUCUUGGAUAAAGCUGUAUAUCACCUCCUGUAUUGUGCAAAGUACAUCAUGUCCAUGUUUCUGACAUAAUACUUUGCACUUAAACUAAUGCUUUCUGUCUGAGACUUAUGAACACAAUACCCCUGUGAGAUUGG